UCAAAAAGAGUUGCACCAAGAAAAAGCAGCCAUUAAGACAAAAAUAGCUUCACAGUGAGAGAGCAGUAACCCCUUCCUUUAGCUUAAUCAACCCGAAAUUAAUCGAAACGCGCUUCAUCCAAAAACAUCCCUAAAAUUAUUCAGAUUCCAUUUCCCUUCACCUGAACCCGAUCGCUUAGAUCCUCACACCUUGGAAUUUCAAUUCCAAAGAUCCAUGGCUUCUUCGAAUCUCUAGGGUUUUCCCCAAUCCUCAUCAAAACUCUCAAUUCCAAAAUUUUCUUCUUCUUCUUCUUCUCCUUCUCCAUAUGCCAUAUUGUAGCUCUAGGUUGAGGACCGUAAGAAGAAGAUGUAUAGCAAUUUCAAGGAGCAAGCAAUAGAGUACGUGAAACAAGCGGUGCAAGAAGACAAUGCCGGAAACUACGCCAAAGCGUUCCCUUUGUACAUGAACGCCUUGGAGUACUUCAAGACCCACCUCAAGUAUGAGAAGAACCCUAAGAUCAGAGAAGCAAUUACCCAGAAGUUCACCGAGUACCUUCGUCGUGCGGAGGAGAUCCGUGCCGUCCUCGACGACGGCGGCCCCGGCCCGGGGGCAUCCAACGGGGAUGCUGCAGUUGCUGCUAGGCCCAAGACCAAGCCCAAGGGCGGGGAAGGUGGUGGUGGGGAUGGGGAAGACCCGGAGCAGGCGAAGCUGCGGGCUGGGCUGAACUCCGCGAUCAUAAGAGAGAAGCCCAACGUGAAGUGGAAUGAUGUCGCGGGAUUGGAGAGUGCCAAGCAGGCUUUGCAGGAGGCUGUGAUUUUGCCUGUCAAGUUCCCUCAGUUCUUUACGGGUAAAAGACGACCAUGGCGAGCAUUUUUGUUGUAUGGACCACCUGGAACAGGUAAAUCAUAUUUGGCCAAGGCUGUUGCAACAGAAGCUGACUCCACAUUUUUCAGUAUUUCUUCAUCAGACCUUGUCUCAAAGUGGAUGGGUGAAAGUGAAAAGUUGGUUUCAAGCCUUUUCCAAAUGGCCCGAGAAAGUGCUCCUUCUAUAAUAUUUAUCGAUGAGAUAGAUUCCCUUUGUGGUCAGCGUGGAGAAGGCAAUGAGAGUGAAGCUUCUAGACGAAUUAAAACAGAACUUCUGGUCCAAAUGCAGGGUGUAGGACACAAUGAUCAGAAAGUUCUUGUUCUUGCAGCGACAAAUACACCCUAUGCUUUAGACCAGGCAAUAAGGCGUCGUUUUGAUAAGCGCAUAUAUAUUCCACUACCAGAUUUAAAGGCUCGCCAACACAUGUUCAAGGUGCAUCUGGGAGAUACUCCCAACAACUUGACUGAAAAGGAUUUUGAAUACUUGGCUAGCAGGACUGAUGGGUUUUCUGGUUCAGAUAUAUCUGUCUGUGUAAAGGAUGUUUUAUUUGAACCUGUUCGCAAAACCCAAGAUGCCAUGUACUUCUAUAAGAGUCCCGAGGGUAUGUGGAUCCCUUGUGGACCAAAGCAACCGGGAGCAAUACAAACCACCAUGCAGGACCUUGCUUCAAAAGGACUUGCUUCUAAGAUCCUUCCACCGCCGAUUACUAGAACGGAUUUUGAGAAGGUACUUGCUAGGCAAAGACCUACAGUUAGCAAAGCUGACCUUGAUGUUCAUGAAAGAUUCACCAAAGAGUUCGGAGAGGAAGGUUGAUUUUGAAGGUGCACUUUCUCGUCGAAGAAACGCCUUAAUGUGUAUUGUGAUGCUUUGUAAUUUAUUUGGCUGUCGAAUCAAGUGAAAUAGCUAUUUUUGGGGAUUGUAGUUCCCUCUUAUGAAAGAUGGAUUUAUAAAUGUCGAUACCUUUUUGUUUU